UAUUGACGUUUCUCCAAUCUCUCCACUUCCGUCCCUCCAGUUACGCUGUCGGUGUGGUCGUCGUUUGCACUAGCACAGAGGCACGAUGUCUUUCAAUCUUUCUUCAGCAUUGGGCGAUGGCGAGGAAAAAAUGACGAAGGAAGAAGCACAAACCAAUGACAUCAGCUGGCCUUGGAGUAAGAAAUCUGCCGAUAAGAGUGGCAGCAAGGACAAAUCCGACAGCAAGCAGAAGUCAACGGACGGAAAGAAGAAAAGUGACCAUAAGGAUGGGAAGAAAAAAGAUGGUAAGAAAAAGGAACAUAAGGACGGGAACAGGUCGGACACCUCCACCUCCUCCUCUUCCUCCAGCAGCAGCAGCAGCAGCAGCGAUGAGAACUGAUGCUUCCCGAAGGACAAAUCUGGUGUGCCGGCAGUGUGUAUGUAUGUGUGUAUGCAACUUCACUUUAUCCUGUCGCCAGUAGCUUGCUGGUCUGGUGUAAACCAAGCUUUGAUUUCAGGGCAGUUAAUUCAUUAUCUGACAGCAGACAACAUACCUGAAAGUAAUGUGUUUUUACCACAAGGUGGCACUGUUUCCUUUUAUUUUAUUUUUAAACAAAAUUGUUUUGGUGUCAAUCAAAAGUCUCGUAUUCAUUCUAAUUGGUAGCUCAUCAGAUAUUUGCGUGUAUGAAAUCAAAUAAUUUGUGAAAAUAAAAUGAAAUGCAAUAGA